GUUCAUAUUUCUGAAUCAUGAAUUGAGUCAGGAUCAGGGAUCAUCUGAUUUGCCCAUCUGCUUCUUGGCAGAAUGCAUCUCCUCGGCUUCAAGAUCAUACGCCCAGUACAGCUCGGAGCUGGAUUCUGAAUUGAUUCAGGUUUGGAGCCUGGGAUGGGGCACCUCUCCAUGCCUUGCUCAGUAUUUAAAUUCUCCUAUAAGUCAGGUAAGGGCCAGGGGACAGGAUGGUAUCUGAGAGGAGUGGGCUGUGCUCUUUCAACCUCAAGCUCUGAUUCAGCUGGGACAGCGCUGUGGUCCUGUGGUCUUCCGGUGAGCUUACAGAUGGACAGUGGUGGUGGGGAGCUCACCCCAGCAGUUGGUGUAGGAAUUGAGGCAGAAACAGCAUGAAGGACCCCAGCGUCAUCAAGGUCCCGGUCUCUUUUCUACUAACUGUGUAAGUGACAUUUCAUUCUGCUCAUCCCCAAGGCAAAGUUGGAUGUUUUUAAAGUGGAAAAAAAAAUGAGCGGAAAAAGAAACGGGGAAGGUGGGAAGAGGUGGAAAUGGAAGGGCACAGGAGUGCCCGUGCGCAGCGGAGAUGCCACCUUCCCCAAAGCCAUGGACAACGUGACGGUCCGGCAGGGGGAGAGCGCCACCCUCAGGUGCACUAUUGACAACCGGGUCACCCGGGUGGCCUGGCUAAACCGCAGCACCAUCCUCUAUGCUGGGAAUGACAAGUGGUGCCUGGAUCCUCGCGUGGUCCUCCUGAGCAACACCCAAACGCAGUACAGCAUCGAGAUCCAGAAUGUGGAUGUAUAUGACGAGGGCCCAUACACCUGCUCUGUGCAGACAGACAACCACCCAAAGACCUCUAGGGUCCACCUCAUUGUGCAAGUAUCUCCAAAAAUUGUAGAGAUUUCUUCAGAUAUCUCCAUUAACGAAGGGAACAAUAUCAGUCUCACCUGCAUAGCAACGGGUAGACCAGAGCCUACGGUUACUUGGAGACACAUCUCCCCCAAAGCUGUUGGCUUUGUGAGUGAAGAUGAAUACUUGGAAAUUCAGGGCAUCACCCGGGAGCAGUCAGGGGACUACGAGUGCAGUGCCUCCAAUGACGUGGCCGCGCCCGUGGUACGGAGAGUAAAGGUCACCGUGAACUAUCCACCAUACAUUUCAGAAGCCAAGGGUACGGGUGUCCCCGUGGGACAAAAGGGGACACUGCAGUGUGAAGCGUCAGCAGUCCCCUCAGCAGAAUUCCAGUGGUACAAGGAUGACAAAAGACUGAUUGAAGGAAAGAAAGGGGUGAAAGUGGAAAACAGACCUUUCCUCUCAAAACUCAUCUUCUUCAAUGUCUCUGAACAUGACUAUGGGAACUACACUUGCGUGGCCUCCAACAAGCUGGGCCACACCAAUGCCAGCAUCAUGCUAUUUGAACUAAAUGAGCCUACGAGCUCAACUUUGUUGCAAGAAGUGAAAACUACAGCCCUGACCCCUUGGAAAGGCCCGGGCGCCGUCAGCGAGGUGAGCAACGGCACGUCGAGGAGGGCAGGCUGCGUCUGGCUGCUGCCUCUUCUGGUCUUGCACCUACUCCUCAAAUUUUGAUGUGAAUGCCACUUCCCCACCCGGGAAAGGCUGCUGCCACCGCCACCACCGACACAACAGGAACGGAACACCGACAGCAACCAAUCAGAUAUAUUCAAAUGAAAUUAGAAGAAACACAGCCUCAUGGGACAGAAAUUUGAGGGAGGGAAACAAAGAAUACUUUGGGGGAAAAAAGUUUAAAAAAAAAGAAAUUGAAAAUUGCCUUGCAGAUAUUUAGGUACAACGGAGUUCUCUUUCUUUUCCCAAAUGGGAAGAACGCACACCCGGCUUGGACCCACUGCAAGCUGCAUCGUGUGACCUCUCUGGUGCCAGUGUGGGUGAGGGCUCAGUCGCUCUGCCCACAGAGUGCCCUCACAUGGAACAUUCUGGAGCUGGCCAUCCCACAUUCAACCAGUCCAUAGAGACGAACAGAGUGAGACCUUCCGGCCCAAGCUUGGCGCUGCGGGCACUUUGGUAGACUGUGCCACCACGGUGUGUGUUGUGAAACAUGAAAUAAAAAGACAGAGAAAGAAAGAAAAAGGAAAAAAAAAUAAGACCGUCCGACAGCAACAACAAUCCCACAAACAACAGUCACAAAAAGACACCGUUAAACAUUUUUUUUUUUCUCAUUUUACUACAUGGACAUCAUGGAUAACAAGGGAUUCUGACUCAUUAUUAAUUUUAUUAAUUAUAUUUUCUGAUAUGAGUCUAGAACUUAGUGCAAAACAAGACAAAACUAAAAAAUACACAACUGAAAAGGGUGAAGAGAAGUAUGUUUGUUAAACAGUAAAAAUGAAUUGAAUAGUGUUCUUCUUAACUAGGUUUACAACUGGUGGACCACACACCAGGCACUAAUCACCUGGUGAGGAUUUGGCAUAUCCACCAAAAAUACAUCUGAUUUAACCAACAUCUCCACCAGCGCUACAGAUUCCUCCCGAUUCUGGCAUCUCAUGCAGACAAUACCAUGCUCUCUACACACUGUUUAGAAAUGGAAAGGUGAUCUGCACUGUAUCUUGGGUUUGUUGGCUAUGCUUCUUUUGAUGACAUAUAUUAUACAGUAUAUAUAUACAUAUAUUUUUUUUGUUAGAGUUCUAGCCAUUUUAUUUCUCCGCAGGGUCCUUUCUCAGACAUUACUGCAUGCUGUAUAUGGCGUUAGCUGUGUGUUGAUCUUCUAAAAGAUGAUAGAGUUUACUGGUAAUUGUGUAAUCAGCUCCUGCCUUUUUGUUUUCUUGGGUUCUUUACAUGUCAGAGACAGUUAUAAAAAGUGAAAAGAGAAAAAAACCCGACUAACACCAGGCGCAGCAUCUUUCCAGGUGUGGCCCUGCACGUAGGCCACCCCCAGCGGCCCGCUUCUCCAUCCUGCCCUGCGGCAUUAACAGGCAGCAAGCAACUGAACAAGGAGAACCGUCAGGACCUACUUGCUUUAGCCCAUUAUGGGAAUCUCUGAUGCCUUUGUGACCACUGGAGAGUUCAAUCCUCUUGGUUUAUUUUAUUUAAUUUCCCACCUUUGUGUGAGUGUGUAUGAAAGAGAAGAAAAUGCAAUUUUUAGGUAAUCUUUUUUUUCCCUCCCCUGAAAGUCUGGGAACCAGAGAGUCUUCGGGGAGGGGUCCUGGAUGUGAUGAGGGAAAGUGGGAUUGGGGGACCGGGGAGGGUGGGGUUGUCUCUGACUUGACAUUAAAAAGUGUUCCAUGUCCCUCUUCA